UGUAAUAAUAAAAAAAAGUUUUAUAUGGUUUAUAGUUCUAAAAUCCAUAUUUUUUGAGUUAACUUCCCUAAUUAUUAUUUCCAACUCAUUUUGUUUAUGGUUAAGAUGUGACGGUCCUAGAAAUAGAAACAAAGACCGUCGUUUACUUUGAAUUGACGUAUCGUCGUCUGCCACAACCAUCCUCUAUCUCAAGUUAUUUAUCAGAAGAAAAAUAAAUACGUAUAAAUGGGAGCUCCAUGAUAUGAGAAACCCAAAUCUUAGAAGCCGAACAAUGUCUUCUUGCGCCUCUUUCUUCAUCCUUUUCCUUUCUUUCUUCCUCUCAAGCUUUAGAGCUUCUGCUCAGAAUCCUUCCCUCUUAUACUCUGUUUGUCCGAAUACAACAACUUAUUCAAGGAACAGCACUUACUAUAACAAUCUCACAACUCUUUUGUCUUUCCUCUCUUCCCGCAAUGCUUCACAUUCCACAGGAUUCGAAAACGAAACAGUGGGUCAAGACCCAGACAAGGUCACCGGACUUUUCCUUUGUCUUGGAGGUCUCUCGCUUGAAGCUUGCCGUGACUGCGUCUCCUUUUCCGUCAACGAAUCCUUAACGGUGUGCCCAAAUCAGAGUGAGGCCGUACUCUACUAUGAUAACUGUAUGUUAAGAUACUCCAACCGGGAUAUACUCUCGACCGUUCAGACGACAGAAGGAUAUAUCUUGUCCAGCCUGAGAAUUAUUCCACCUAACCAACAAGAGAGCUUCCGAGAAUUUGUUUUGUCCUUGAUGAACCAAGCCGCAGCCGAAGCUGCCAAUAGUUCCAGAAAAUUUGGUACGAGACAAGACAACUUUACUGCGUUUCAGAGAGUAUACGGACUAGUUCAGUGCACCCCUGAUCUUACAACACAAGACUGUUCCCGUUGCUUGGAAACGUCCAUCAGUCAGUUACCCACUGAAAAUACUGGAGCAAGAAUUCUUUUGCCGAGCUGUAAUUCAAGAUACGAGCCUUACCUAUUUUACAACGAAUCCGCCACUAGCACACUUCCAUCACCAUCACCGCCGCAGGUUUCUACUCCUCCCCAACCUGGGAAAGAUGGGAGUUCAUCGGUGUUAGUGGUAGCCAUUGUUGUGCCUACUAUAGUAGUUGUUCUGCUUAUCAUAGCUGGUUACUGUUUCCUUGCAAAGAGGGCAAAGAGGACUUAUGAGACAGAACCAACAUUUAAUAAUGAGGAUGAUAUAACAACUACACACUCGCUGCAACUUGAUUACAGAACAAUCCAAGCUGCAACAAAUUAUUAUUCAGAGGAUAAUAAGAUUGGUCAAGGUGGAUUUGGUGAGGUCUACAAGGGUAUAUUUACGAAUGGGACUGAAGUUGCAGUGAAGAGACUGUCAAAGUCAUCAGACCAAGGUGACACAGAGUUCAAGAACGAGGUUGUUGUUGUUGCUAAGCUCCAGCACAAAAAUCUAGUUAGGCUUCUUGGAUUUUCUCUAGAACGAGAAGAAAGGAUAUUGGUCUACGAGUAUGUUCCAAACAAAAGUCUUGAUUACUUCCUGUUCGAUCCUGCAAAGCGAGGUAUGUUGGACUGGACUCGACGAUACAAUAUCAUUGUAGGAAUUGCUCGGGGGAUUCUGUAUCUUCAUCAAGAUUCGCGCCUUACAAUCAUACAUCGUGACCUAAAAGCUAGCAAUGUUCUCUUGGACGCGAGUAUGAAUCCGAAAAUUGCAGAUUUUGGAAUGGCUAGGAUCUUCGGAUUGGAACAAACCCAAGAAAAUACAAGCAGAAUAGUUGGUACAUAUGGUUACAUGGCUCCUGAAUAUGCGAUGCAUGGCCGGUUCUCAAUGAAGUCUGAUGUCUAUAGCUUUGGAGUGUUAGUACUUGAGAUUAUUAGUGGUAGGAAGAAUAACAGCUUUAACGAGACCGACAAUUCACAUGACUUGGUCACUUAUGCUUGGAGGCUUUGGAACUACGGAACAGCAUUAGAUCUUGUGGAUCCAAUUAUCAUUAAUAAUUGCCCAAAGAGUGAAGUGGUUCGCUACAUCCACAUUGGUCUUUUAUGUGUUCAAGAAGAUCCUGCAGACCGUCCAGCCUUGUCAACCAUAUUAGUGAUGUUCACUAGUAACACUAUGACUUUACCAGUCCCCAGACGACCGGGGUUUUCAGAUCAUACUAGAAUCAACGAUCCACUUGAUCCAGAUAAAUCUACGACAAGCAAGUCUUGUACAGUGUCUGCUGACGAAGCAUCGAUCACUACUUUAUAUCCACGUUGAAUUUGGUCUUAACACUCACUCAACUGAUAUGUAUUGAAUUUAAAUUAAAGCAUAUAUUUGAAUACUUCCAUGGGUUUUCAAUC